AUGAACGAUUUACCUGAGUACAUUAAUGAUGCGUUCGUGCUAGUGUACGCCGAUGACGUGAAAUUGUUUUACCCGGUGAAGAACAGUAUUGACUGUUGCAAGCUACAGGCUGAUUUGGACAACUUCAAAACAUUUUGCGACAGAUGUGGUUUGAUGAUCAACACUUCGAAAUGUUGCGUUUUAACUUUCUCGCAUAAGGUCUCGAAUGUCACACAUCACUAUCACAUAGGAGAUUUCGAUUUACAACGAUCGGACACAGUACGCGACCUGGGGGUGAUUAUGGACAAGAAACUGUCUUUCAACGCACAUAUCGAUGGAGUGAUCUCGAAAGCCUUCUCAAUGUUCGGUGUAGUAAAACGCUAUGCAAAUGAUUUUGAUGAUCCGUAUACAAUUGUGACACUGUACACAGCUUUGGUACGAUCAAGUGUGGAAUACGCAGGAAUUGUUUGGACACCUCAGUAUACUAUCCACAAACAGCGAUUGGAACGUGUCCAAAAGAAAUUUGUUCGAUUCGCACUUCGUAACCUGGGUUGGCGUGAUGGUUUAGCACCUUAUGUAGAUCUGUGCAGAUUAAUAAAUCUAAAUUCGCUGGAUUGCAGACGAAAGAUAAACGAUGUACUGUUCCUGAAGGACCUCCUAACAGAACGGUUCUAUUCGCCAUAUCUUCUCAGUCAAGUAACGUUUAACGAAGGUAACAGAAAUUUGAGGAGAGUUCGCCAGUUCCAGUUACCCACGAGAAACACGAACUACAGCAUGAACGAACCGGUUCGUCGCAUGAUGUCUAUGGCAAAUGACGUACAGAAUGUAGCAUCGAUAUUAGAUUCUAGACAAACAAUUAGAGAUAAGUUGAAAGUGCAUUUUAUGUAA